GUAGCGGCGUCCGACGUCGCAUCUCCGUCGACUUACGAUAUCUCGAGGAGUCCAUGAUGUGCGGCUAGGCCGGAGUGAUAGUUUUGUGGAUUUAUUUGUUUAUUGUGAGGAACCAUGGCGGACAGCGAAGGAGGAUCGGAGCAGGAUGAUGUCUCAUUCUUACGAACGGAAGACAUGGUCUGUCUCUCGUGCACCGCGACUGGGGAGAGAGUGUGCCUUGCGGCUGAGGGGUUUGGUAAUCGUCACUGCUUCCUUGAGAACAUCGCCGAUAAGAACAUUCCCCCAGAUUUGUCGACAUGUGUGUUCGUGAUAGAACAGGCUUUGUCAGUGAGGGCUCUACAAGAGUUGGUUACUGCAGCAGGAUCUGAAGAGGGAGGGGACUCUUUAGGUAAAGGAACAGGUUCUGGACAUAGAACUCUGCUUUAUGGCAACGCUAUUCUUCUGAGGCAUCAAAACAGUGAUAUGUACUUGGCUUGUCUGUCCACAAGUUCAUCCAAUGAUAAGUUGUCCUUUGAUGUUGGUCUACAAGAACAUUCUCAAGGUGAAGCUUGCUGGUGGACUGUACAUCCUGCGUCCAAACAGAGGUCCGAGGGUGAGAAGGUCCGAACUGGUGAUGAACUUAUCUUGGUCUCCGUGGCAACUGAGAGAUAUCUACACACAACCAAGGAAAAUGACUUAUCAGUGGUAAAUGCUUCUUUCCAUGUAACUCACUGGUCAGUCCAGCCUUACGGAACUGGAAUUAGCAGGAUGAAGUAUGUAGGUUAUGUGUUUGGUGGAGACGUCCUGAGAUUCUUCCAUGGAGGAGACGAGUGUUUAACAAUACCUUCUACGUGGAAUGAGGCAGCUGGACAAAACAUCGUGGUGUACGAGGGAGGCAGUGUGAUGAGCCAAGCUCGCUCACUGUGGAGGCUGGAGCUGGCUAGGACCAAGUGGGCCGGUGGCUUCAUCAACUGGUACCAUCCCAUGAGGAUACGACAUCUGACCACGGGCCGAUACUUGGGCGUCAACGAGAGCAACGAACUGACACUAGUAACACGAGAUGAGGCGACGACGGCGCUGUCUACGUUCUGCCUGCGUCAGGAGAAGGACGACCAGAAGGUGGUGCUAGAAGACAAGGACCUGGAGGUGAUAGGAGCCCCCAUCAUCAAGUAUGGUGACAGUACAGUGUUGGUGCAGCAUUCUGAGACUGGUCUUUGGCUUACGUACAAGUCAUAUGAAACAAAAAAGAAAGGAGUUGGUAAGGUGGAAGAGAAACAGGCAGUACUACAUGAGGAAGGGAAAAUGGACGACGGUUUGGACUUUAGCCGCAGUCAAGAAGAAGAGUCCAGAACUGCUAGAGUUAUUAGGAAAUGUUCUUCUCUCUUUACAAAGUUUAUUAGAGGCCUCGAAACUCUCCAAAUGAACAGAAGACAUUCACUAUUCUGCGCAACUGUGAAUCUCAAUGAAAUGGUUAUGUGUUUGGAAGAUUUGAUCAACUAUUUCGCCCAGCCUGCUGAUGAUAUGGAACACGAAGAGAAGCAGAACCGACUGCGUGCUCUGCGCAACCGACAGGACCUGUUCCAAGAGGAGGGUAUUCUGAACCUUAUCCUGGAGGCCAUUGACAAGAUCAACGUGAUCACCUCACAAGGCUUCUUGGUAGCACUGGCAGGAGAUGAGUCUGGACAGAGCUGGGAAGUCAUCUCUGGCUACCUCUACCAGCUGCUGGCUGCUAUUAUCAAGGGUAACCACACCAACUGUGCUCAGUUUGCCAAUUCCAACAGAUUGAACUGGUUGUUCAGUCGUCUCGGGUCCCAAGCGUCCAGUGAAGGUACUGGUAUGCUGGACGUACUUCACUGUGUCCUCAUAGACUCUCCUGAGGCCUUGAAUAUGAUGAGGGAUGAGCAUAUCAAGGUGAUCAUCUCCCUGCUAGAGAAGCAUGGUAGGGACCCCAAGGUACUAGAUGUGUUGUGCUCACUGUGUGUUGGUAACGGAGUGGCAGUGAGAAGCUCUCAGAACAACAUCUGUGACUUCCUGUUGCCAGGCAAGAACCUCCUGCUGCAGACUCAGCUAGUGGACCAUGUAGCCAGUGUGAGACCGAACAUCUUCGUAGGCCGGGUGGAAGGGUCGGCGAUGUACCAGAAGUGGUAUUUUGAAGUGACCUUGGACCACAUAGAACAAACCACACACAUGAUGCCUCACUUGCGCAUAGGCUGGGCUAAUACUGCCGGGUACAUUCCGUAUCCGGGAGGUGGUGAAAAGUGGGGUGGAAAUGGAGUUGGAGACGAUCUGUAUUCCUUUGGUUUUGAUGGAGCGAAUUUGUGGUCAGGUGGACGUAAGACGAUGGUUGUUCCAAACGCAGUGGAGCCGUUCAUAAAGAAGUCUGAUGUGAUCGGAGUGGCGUUAGAUUUGACAGUUCCUAUAGUAACUUUUACGUUCAACGGAGUCCCCAUCAAAGGUUGCUUCCGGGAUUUUAAUCUGGAUGGGAUGUUCUUUCCUUGUAUCAGUUGCUCUUCCAAACUCAGCUGCCGCUUCCUCCUGGGAGGUGACCAUGGCAGACUCAAGUACGUCCCUCCUGAUGAGUUCUCACCUCUGGUUGAGUGUUUGCUGCCUCAGCAAGUACUCUCCAUCGACCCUUGCUUCUACUUCGGCAACCUCAGCAAGGUGGUGCUGGCCGGCCCUUGGCAUGUAGAAGAUGACACGGCUUUUGUGCCUACACCUGUCGACACUUCCAUGAUCAAUCUACCAGUGUACAUAGAGAACAUUCGAGACCGGCUGGCAGAGAACAUUCAUGAGAUGUGGGCAAUGAACAAGAUAGAAGCCGGCUGGAUGUACGGGGAGCGCAGGGACGACAUACGCCAUAUACACCCUUGUCUGAUACAGUUUGAGCGUCUGCCACCUGCGGAGAAACGAUACGACACUCAGCUGGCUGUGCAGACAUUGAAGACCAUUCUUGCUCUUGGAUACCACAUAUCCAUGGACAAACCACCUUCCAGGAUCAAGAACAUCAGACUGCCCAAUGAACCCUUCUUGCAGAGCAACGGCUACAAACCAGCCCCACUAGACCUGUCCGCGAUUAACCUGAGCCCUAAGAUGGAGGAGCUAGUAGACCAGCUAGCAGAGAAUACUCACAAUCUUUGGGCAAAAGAAAGGAUUCAGCAAAACUGGACAUAUGGCCUUAAUGAGGACCCAGAUAUGCUGAGAAGUCCCCAUUUGGUGCCUUAUAGCAAAGUAGAUGAAGCGAUUAAAAAAGCCAACAGGGACACGGCCAGUGAGACGGUGAGGACACUCCUAGUCUAUGGAUACAACCUGGAUCCUCCUACAGGAGAACAACAUGAAGCCAUGUUGGCUGAAGGGCAGAGAUUACGUCAGCAGAGUUUUCGAACGUAUCGAGUGGAGAAAAACUACGCAGUUACCAACGGAAAGUGGUACUUUGAGUUUGAGAUUCUUACAGCAGGCCCAAUGAAAGUAGGCUGGGCCAGGGCCGACUGUCCUCCCGGCAAUCAGAUAGGUAGUGAUGAGUACUCAUGGGCUUUUGACGGCUUCAAUGAAGAGAAGUGUUAUCUCGGAACAGCUGAGUCGUUUGGCCGCCAGUGGAUUGUAGGAGAUGUGGUGGGGGUGUUCCUAGACAUGAUGGAUCAUACUAUCAGCUUUUCACUGAAUGGUGAACUUCUUAUGGAUGCUCUCGGAGGCGAGACUACCUUUGCGGAUGUUCAGGGCGAUGGGUUCGUUCCUGCUUUUACCCUUGGAGUGGGACAAAAGGCCAAAUUGACUUUUGGCCAAGAUGUCAACACACUCAAAUACUUUACCACGUGUGGUCUCCAAGAAGGUUAUGAACCAUUUUGUGUCAACAUGAACCGUCCUGUCACUUACUGGUAUACCAAGGACCAGCCUAUAUUCGAGAACACGGAUGACUACGUGGAUACUCGGAUAGAUGUCACUCGGAUCCCAGCCGGCUCGGAUACUCCCCCUUGUCUCAAGAUCAGCCAUAACACCUUCGAGACAAUGGAGAAAGCCAACUGGGAGUUCCUACGGCUCUGUCUGCCGGUCAUCUGCCAUUCGUCUUUCAUUGAGGAGAGUGAGAAGGUACGGAGAUGGCAGGAGAUCAAGAUAAGACAGCACAGACUGUUGGUGGAGGCUGAUCAGUCCACCCCAGCUCACAUUGAUCAGAUCAUCAAGUCUGGCUUCUCCAUGAGUGAUAUCAAAGGCUUGCACAGAGACUACUCUGAAGACGCAGUAGAAGCAGAUGAGAUGAUGAUGAGGGAUGCGACUCCCUCGACAAGACGCAAGCGAGAGAAACAACCAAACAGACCUCCGAGAAAGGGAUCCUUGUCUCGCAAUGAGGACAUGCCUCCGAUGAACGGCACUCUUGAGCAUGGAAAAAUGAAUAGAUCCACAAGUGAGCUGGAUCUGAACCGCUACAACGCUGAAGGUCAACUGUUGAACGGUCAGGAUAAAGACGACAAGAAAAAGCGAGGCCGGUCACCAUUCAGGUUCUUCUCUCGCAAGCGAGACGCCAGUGCCGAUGAGAGACUAAAGAAGGGUCGAACACCCGAACCACCCAGGGACAGAUCACCCGGACUCACCCGACCCACCAACCUCUCUGUGAGAAAUAAUCCACAGAUAAAAGUGUCUUCAUCUGAUCUGAAGAUAGUGCCUCCCCAGAUCCCAGACAGGAACGCUCCCAAGACCAUGUCUGUGGCGCCACCUGCAGGUGUGGAAACUGUGGGCAACGAGAUUUACGAUGCCGAGUGUCUCAAGCUGAUAAAUGAGUAUUUCUACGGAGUGCGCAUAUUCCCUGGUCAGGACCCGACACACGUGUAUGUAGGCUGGGUCACUACGCAGUAUCACCUUCAUAGCAAGGACUUUAACCAGAGCAGGGUACGCAAGUCUACGGUACACAUCAUGGACGACUACGGCAGAGUUGUGGAUAGUGUGAACCGACAGAGUUGCUACAUGGUGAGGGCUGAUGAGUUGUACAACGAGGUGACGCAAGAUGCGACAGGCAAGGGUGCGUCACAGGGAAUGUUUGUCGGCUGCUUCGUAGAUGCGGCCACUGGCUUCAUCACCUUCACCUGUGAGGGGAAAGAGACAAGCCACAAGUACAAGCUGGAGCCAGACUCCAAGCUGUUCCCUGCGGUGUUUGUUGAGGCCACCAGUAAGGAGAUCCUGCAGAUAGAGCUCGGCAGGACAUCCACAACUCUGCCAUUGUCUGCUGCAGUCCUGCAGAACUCUGACAGGCACGUCAUUCCGCAGUUCCCACCUAGACUGAAGGUGCAGUGUCUCAAGCCACACCAGUGGGCUAGAGUGCCCAAUGUCUCCCUGCAGGUGCAUGCUCUCAAGUUGUCAGACAUCCGUGGCUGGUCCAUGUUGUGUGAGGAUCCUGUAUCAAUGCUGGCCUUGCAUGUUCCCGAGGAGGACAGAUGCAUUGACAUCCUGGAGUUGAUCGAGAUGGAGAAGCUACUGUCGUUCCACGCACACACACUGACGCUUUACUCCGCCCUUUGCUACCAGAGCAACUACCGUGCGGCCCAUGCUCUCUGUCACCAUGUAGACCAGAAACAGCUGUUGUACGCCAUCCAAUCAGAGUACAUGUCCGGACCACUCAGACGGGGCUUCUACGACCUUCUAAUCUCACUGCAUCUGGAGUCACACGCAACUACCAUGGAGACUUGUAAGAAUGAGUACAUUAUACCAAUUGGACCAGAGAUCAAGGAGCUUUAUUCAGAUCCAGAGAUGGGUCACAGUUUGAGAUCUUUGAAAACAGAGUCCGUCCAGCCUCAAAUGAAGAUGACAGACAUUGCAGAGUCGGUUGACAACAUUCGUAGCCUCUACAGUCCCCACUUCCCCCUAGGUGUGGUGAGAGACUUUGUAAUGGCCGCGUUGGACCAGGCUGUACAGAUCAACCAGGUCCACAACAGAGACCCUGUUGGAGGCUCCAACGAGAACCUCUUCUUGCCUCUUCUCAAACUUGUGGACAGACUUCUCUUGGUUGGUAUUCUGACAGACGAUGACGUCAUCAAACUGUUGAUCAUGUUUGACCCUGAAACUUGGGAUCCUACUUUUGAAAAAGAGGGCAAGGACGAGCAUCGCAAGGGUCUGUUCUACAUGAAGAUGGCCGAGGGAGCCAAGCUGCAGAUGUGCUACUUGCUGCACCAUCUGUGUGACACUCAGCUCAGACACAGGGUGGAGUCUAUCAUUGCCUUCAGCUACGACUUUGUAGGAGACCUACAAGCGGAUCAGUUGAGAAGAUAUGUUGACAUCAAGCAGUCAGACCUACCAUCAGCCAUUGCUGCUAAGAAGACAAGGGAAUUCCGAUGUCCUCCAAGAGAGCAGAUGAACGCGAUCCUCGGGUUCAAGAACCUGGAGGAGGACGACACUGAGAACUGCCCUUGUGGCAAUGAGCUGAGAGAGAGUCUCAAUGGAUUCCACGAGAGACUUAUGAAACAUGUGUCUCUGGUGGCUCUGCAAGAACCACCUGCUGAGGAAACUUCAGCUGACGAUACUGCUAAGCCUGGGCCUCUGACACGUUUGUAUAACUUUAUAAAUGCUGUCAAGGAACUCGAGCAGCCUCCCAAAGAAGAGGAAGAACCAGAGAAAAAGACUCCAGAAGAGGUAUUCAGGAAGAUUCUGAUUUCAACAAUUGUGAAGUGGGCUGAAGAAUCUCAAAUUGAGACUUCAAAGCUUGUGAGAGAGAUGUUUAGUUUGUUGGUGAGACAGUACGAUUGUGUGGGUGAGCUAGUGCGUGCGUUGGAGAAGACUUACGUAAUCAACACCAAGACUCGUGCGGACGCAGCGCUCAUGUGGGUCGGUCUCAGUCAGAUACGAGCUCUGCUGCCCGUACAGAUGAGUGAGGAAGAGCAGGGACUGAUGAGGGAACGACUGUGGAAACUAGUGAACAACCACACAUUCUUCCAGCACCCUGACCUGAUUAGAGUGUUGCGUGUCCAUGAGAACGUGAUGGCAGUGAUGAUGAAUACCUUGGGUCGCAGAGCUCAGGCUCAGUCAGAUACUCCCCAAGCUGGGACUGGACAGGAAGGGGAGGCACCUGUCAAGGAGAAGGAUACCUCUCACGAGAUGGUAGUGGCGUGUUGUCGUUUCCUCUGCUACUUCUGCCGCACAUCUCGUCAGAACCAGAAGGCAAUGUUUGACCACCUGGCCUUCCUGUUGGAGAACAGUAACAUCCUGUUAGCCAGACCAUCACUGAGGGGCAGUACUCCUCUGGAUGUGGCUUACUCGUCUGUCAUGGAAAACACGGAACUCGCUCUGGCUCUCAGGGAGCAUUACUUGGAGAAGAUCGCCAUCUACCUGUCUCGUUGUGGACUCCAGUCUAACACGGAGUUGGUGGAGAAGGGCUACCCAGACUUGGGUUGGGACCCGGUAGAAGGAGAGAGAUACUUGGACUUCCUGCGCUUCUGCGUCUGGGUUAACGGUGAGAGUGUAGAGGAAAACGCCAACCUUGUGAUUCGUCUGUUGAUCCGACGACCCGAGUGUCUAGGACCAGCUCUACGGGGAGAGGGUGAAGGCUUACUCAGGGCUAUCAUGGAUGCCAACAAGAUGUCUGAGCGUAUCGCUGACCGACGCAAGUUGAAGGACGAGGCGGAAGGUUCAGCAAUGCCGCUGCAGUUUGAACACCCACUGCCUGAGUCUGAUGAUGAUGAAGACUACAUAGACACAGGAGCUGCCAUUCUGGCUUUCUACUGUACUCUGGUCGACUUGCUGGGCCGGUGCGCUCCCGAUUCCUCCGUCAUUGCUCAGGGUAAGAAUGAGUCUCUCAGAGCACGUGCCAUUCUGAGAUCUCUGGUGCCUUUGGAAGAUCUGCAAGGAGUUUUGAGCCUCAGGUUCACUCUGCAGAAUCCUGCAGCCGGGGAAGAGAGACCAAAGAGUGACAUGCCUUCAGGCCUGGUGCCUGGUCAUAAGCAAAGCAUCGUGCUGUUUUUGGAACGGGUUUAUGGCAUCGAAACUCAAGAAUUGUUCUUCAAAAUUCUAGAGGAAGCUUUCUUGCCAGAUCUCCGUGCUGCUACCAUGCUUGACCGAAAUGACGGGCUAGAGUCAGACAUGGCCUUGUCCAUGAACAGAUACAUCGGAAACUCUGUACUGCCUUUGCUCAUCUCUCACUCCAAGUUCUACAACGAGGCAGACAACUACGCCAACCUGUUGGACGCCACUCUACACACCGUGUACAGGCUGUCCAAGAACCGCAUGCUUACCAAGGGUCAGCGAGAGGCGGUGUCUGACUUUCUGGUGGCACUGACUAGCCAAAUGCAGCCUAGCAUGUUGUUGAAGCUGUUGAGGAAGCUGACUGUAGAUGUGUCCAAGUUGUCAGAAUACACAACCGUCGCUCUCAGGUUGCUGACCCUCCACUAUGACCGGUGUGCCAAGUACUACGGCUCUACGGGAGGCCAAGGUCUCUACGGAGCUUCCAGUGACGAGGAGAAGCGGCUCACUAUGAUGCUCUUCAGCAACAUCUUUGACUCUUUGUCUAAAAUGGACUAUGACCCCGAGUUGUUCGGCAAAGCUCUGCCCUGCCUGACUGCCAUUGGUUGUGCUCUGCCGCCCGACUACUCGUUGUCUAAGAACUAUGACGAGGAGUAUUACGGUGGGGCCAAGACUACUGCCGCGGAGUCUACUGACGGACCUUACAACCCAGAGCCCAUUGAUACUACUGUUGUGGUGUUAAACAACGAUCUAAACCAGAUUGUUCAGAAGUUUUCGGAGCAUUACCACGAUGCCUGGGCGAGCAGGAAAUUUGAGAAUGGCUGGAACUACGGAGACUCUUGGUCCGAUUCUCAGAGGACACAUCCUCGUCUCAAGCCUUACCACAUGCUGAAUGACUAUGAGAAGGAGAGAUACAAAGAACCAGUUCGAGAGUCUCUCAAGGCGCUACUGGCUAUCGGCUGGACCGUCGAACACUCCGAGAUCGACGUGCCUUCCAACAACCGCGGUUCCAUUCGCCGUCCAUCCAAGCCUAACGUUGUAAGUUUAGCUGCGGGUUUUACGUCAUUGGCUUUGCUAGGAGCUGACGCUUCUCCGUUCAACUACCAUCCCAACCCCAUAGACAUGGCAAACCUGACUCUGAGCAGAGAAAUGCAGAACAUGGCCGAGAGAUUGGCUGAGAACUCACAUGACAUCUGGGCCAAGAAGAAGAAGGAGGAACUCAUCACUUGUGGUGGAGGGAUCCAUCCACAGUUAGUUCCUUACGACCUGUUGACCGACAAGGAAAAGAAGAAGGAUCGUGAGAGGUCCCAAGAGUUCCUCAAAUAUCUUCAGUAUCAAGGCUAUAAACUCCACAAGCCCAGCCGUGGAGGUCCCAGUGAGCAAGAGCAGAUGGCCCAGCAGUCUACUGGUGAGUUGAGGUUUGCCUACAGUCUACUGGAGAAGCUGAUACAAUACAUGGACAGAGCUUCCAUCAACAUGAAGCUUCUCAAGCCUUCCACGACGUUCAGCAGGAGGUCGAGCUUCAAGACUUGUACUAGGGACAUCAAGUUCUUCUCCAAAGUUGUGCUUCCCCUUGUAGAGAAAUACUUCAGCACUCACAGAAACUACUUCAUUGCAGUAGCAACAGCUUCCAACAAUGUAGGAGCAGCAUCUCUCAAGGAAAAAGAAAUGGUUGCCAGUUUGUUCUGCAAACUUGCUAACCUGUUACGCUCACGAUUGGCAGCAUUUGGAGCAGAUGUUCGUAUCACUGUCCGUUGCCUACAAGUUCUGGUCAAGGCUAUUGAUGCAAAAUCACUGGUCAAGAACUGUCCAGAGUUCAUCAGAACUUCUAUGCUUACAUUCUUCAACAACACCGCUGAGGAUUUGAAUGGCACUAUCUUGAACUUGAGAGAUGGCCGCCAGAGCCAUCUACGAGGAGCUCACCUGAAGACGUCCACAUCUCUCUUCUACAUCAACGAUGUUGUCCUGCCUGUCCUGACAGCAAUGUUUGACCAUCUCGCUGGCUGUGAAUAUGGCAGUGAUCUAUUAUUGGAUGAGAUUCAAGUAGCAUCUUAUAAGAUGCUGGGAAGCCUGUACACUUUGGGGAUUGACUCAACUCUUACUCAUGACAGGAAGUAUCUGAAGACAGAGAUAGAGCGACACAGGCCACAGCUAGGCACAUGUCUAGGCGCUUACUCGUCUACAUUCCCUGUAGCUUACUUGGAGCCUCACCUCAACAAGCAUAACCAGUUCUCUCUGGUCAACCGCAUUGCUGAUCACUCACUAGAAGCCCAAGAUAUCCUGACCCGCAUGGAGAGCAUGAUGCCCACCCUGGACAGCAUCCUGCAGGAAGUAGACCAGUUUGUGGAGUCAGAGAAGACUUACGCAGACGCUCCUCACAUCAUCGACGUCAUCAUGCCCAUGCUGUGCUCCUACCUGCCAGUGUGGUGGAACCAGGGACCGGACAACGUCAGUCUCACUGCCGGAAACUAUGUCACAAUGGUUACCAGUGAACAUAUGAACCAGCUUCUGAAAAAUGUCCUGAAGAUGAUUAAAAAGAACAUUGGCAAUGAGAACGCUCCUUGGAUGACUCGAAUUGCUGCUUACACUCAACAGAUCAUCAUCAACUCGUCAGAAGAGCUGCUGAAAGAUCCGUUCCUGCCAUUGGCUGAGAGAGUGAAGAAGAGAACAGACACUCUGUUCCACAAGGAGGAGUCACUGAGAGGCUUCCUAAAGUCUUCUACCGAUGACACGUCACAGGUGGAGUCUCAGAUUCAAGAAGACUGGCAUCUGCUGGUCCGAGACAUCUACUCCUUCUACCCUCUGCUGAUAAAGUAUGUGGACCUCCAGAGAAACCAUUGGCUCAGGAACAACAUCCCGGAGGCUGAGGACCUGUACAACCAUGUGGCGGAGAUAUUCAACAUCUGGUCGAAAUCACAAUACUUCCUACGUGAAGAGCAGAACUUCAUAUCGGCCAAUGAAAUAGACAACAUGGUUCUGAUCAUGCCCACAGCCACUCGGCGUAGCGCUGUUGUCAGUGAGGGAGCCCCGGCCGGCGGUGGGGGCAGCAAGAAGAAGAAGAAGCACAGAGACAAGAAGAGAGACAAGGACAAAGAGUUGCAGGCCAGUCUGAUGGUGGCUUGUCUGAAGAGGCUGUUGCCCGUUGGACUGAACCUGUUCGCUGGCAGAGAACAGGAGCUGGUGCAGCAUUGCAAGGACAGAUACCUUAAGAAAAUGCCAGAAUACGACAUUGUGGAGUUUGCCAAGACUCAGUUGACUCUGCCAGACAAGAUAGAUCCUGGGGACGAGAUGUCCUGGCAGCAUUACCUGUACUCUAAGUUGGGCAGCAAGAAGGACAAUGUGGUCAACGGUGCCAAGCCUCAGCAGUUAGACGAGGUGGUGGAUAGAAUUGUAGCUAUGGCAAAAGUCUUAUUCGGGCUUCACAUGAUCGACCACCCCCAACUCCAAAGCAAGACCUGUUACCGCUCCGUUGUUUCUACGCAGAGAAAACGUGCAGUCAUUGCUUGUUUCAGACAGCUUUCUCUUCACGCUUUGCCCAGGCAUCGUGCAAUAAACAUCUUUGCGAAGACCUACUUUGAACUUUGGCUGCAAGAGGAAAAUAUAGGACAAGAAGUAAUGAUAGAAGAUUUAACUCAAUCGUUUGAAGACUCGGAGCUGAAGAAGGGAGACAAGGAGGAAGACGAAGGCAAGCCUGAUCCUCUGACUCAGCUGGUGACAACAUUCUGCCGAGGAGCCAUGACAGAGCGCAGCGGAGCGCUACAGGAGGACCCUCUGUACAUGAGUUACGCACACAUCGUGGCCAAGUCUUGUGGUGAAGAGGAAGAAGAAGGCGGAGACGAAGAAGAGGGUGGAGAAGGAGAGGAAGGUGGAGCCUCCAUCCAUGAGCAAGAGAUGGAAAAGCAGAAGUUGCUGUUCCACCAAGCCAGGCUAGCCAACCGUGGAGUGGCGGAGAUGGUACUAUUGCACAUCUCCGCAUGCAAGGGAGUCCCCAGCGAGAUGGUUAUGAAGACUCUGCAGCUGGGAAUAUCAAUCCUACGCGGAGGCAACAUUGACAUUCAGAUGGGUAUGUUGAAUCAUCUCAAAGAAAAGAAAGACGUUGGCUUCUUCACCUCAAUUGCUGGCCUCAUGAACUCAUGCAGUGUGUUGGAUCUGGAUGCGUUUGAGCGCAACACCAAGGCUGAAGGUCUGGGUGUAGGAUCGGAGGGAGCGGCUGGAGAGAAGAACAUGCACGAUGCUGAGUUUACCUGCACUCUCUUCCGCUUCAUACAACUCACUUGUGAAGGCCACAACUUGGAGUGGCAGAAUUAUUUAAGAACCCAGGCUGGUAACACGACAACUGUAAAUGUGGUCAUCUGCACAGUAGAUUAUUUGCUGAGACUACAGGAGUCUAUAAUGGACUUCUACUGGCACUACUCCAGCAAGGAGUUGAUAGAUCCUGCUGGUAAAGCCAACUUCUUCAAGGCCAUUGGUGUGGCCAGUCAGGUGUUCAACACGUUGUCUGAAGUCAUUCAAGGUCCUUGCACACAGAACCAGCAAGCACUGGCACAUUCCAGGUUGUGGGACGCUGUUGGAGGUUUUCUCUUCCUGUUCUCUCACAUGCAGGACAAACUGUCCAGACAUUCCAGCCAGGUGGAUCUGCUGAAGGAGCUCCUCAACCUUCAGAAGGACAUGAUCACAAUGAUGCUGUCCAUGCUUGAAGGUAAUGUCGUGAACGGUACUAUUGGAAAACAGAUGGUGGACACGCUCGUAGAAUCUGCGUCUAAUGUUGAGUUGAUCCUGAAGUAUUUUGACAUGUUCUUGAAGCUGAAAGACCUGACCAGUUCACCCAGUUUCCUUGAAAUUGAUGUGAACAACGAAGGAUGGGUUUUCCCCAAGGACUUCAAAGAAAAGAUGGAACAGCAAAAAAGCUAUACUCCAGAAGAGAUUGAGUUCAUGUUAUCUUGUUGUGAAACAAACCACGACGGCAAGAUCGAUUAUGUUACAUUCACGGAUCGAUUCCACGAGCCCUCAAAAGAAAUUGGCUUCAACUUGGCUGUGCUCUUGACAAAUCUUUCCGAGCACAUGCCAAAUGAACCUAGGCUGGCAAGGUUUUUGGAGACAGCAGGAAGUGUUUUGAACUACUUUGAACCAUUCCUGGGCAGGAUUGAGAUCAUGGGUGGCAGUAAGCGCAUUGAACGAGUCUACUUUGAGAUUAAGGAAUCCAACAUUGAACAAUGGGAGAAGCCUCAAAUUAAGGAGUCAAAGAGGGCGUUCUUUUACUCUAUCGUAACAGAGGGUGGAGACAAGGAGAAGCUGGAGGCGUUCGUUAACUUCUGCGAGGACGCCAUCUUUGAGAUGCAGCACGCCAGUGGACUGAUGGCAGUGGAUGACGGAGGCGGUGGUGGUGGCAAGGCGAGGAAGGCAGCGUAUGCCUACAUGGCUGAAGAUGAAGAUGAGAAGAACGCUAAGGACCCAAUCAGAAGGAGUUUGACAGCUGUGAAGGACGGACUAUACUUUUUGCUGGGUAUGUUCUCUCCCUCCAACAUAAAGGCCAAGAUCGGGGAAAUGCAGCAAAUGACACCAGUAGAACUCUUGCUCGGGUUUUUCAAAAUCUUUUUCUACAUGUUCUACUACGCUGGUUACAGUGUUUCUGUUGUACUCAAAUACAUCGGUGGUCUGAUCAUGUCUCUGAUGAGAGGACCAGUGGUUGAGGAGCCCGUAGUGGAGGUGGUAGAAGAGGGGAGGAUCGGACCUUUGCGAGUGUUACCAGCGUUACCUCCCUCGGACGAAGGCAACGCUCAAGGCGAUGGAGGCAAGGACGACACAGGACAGACUAGAGCUCACGAAGGCUCCCCACCAUCACCUGGUGGUGAAGGAGAGGGAGGAGAACCACUGCCUGAAGGUGAAGGAGGGGAAGAGCACAAGGCUGAAGGAGAAGGUGGCGAAGGAACUCCGCACAUCACACUGGCUGACCUGCUUGGAGGAGAAGCUGCGCGUAGAGAAGCCGCAGCUGUGGCCGAGGUCGCUGCACAACAACAAGCUGUCAUGGCUGCAGUGGAGGCCGAGACCAAGCAAGAAGUGUCCACCGAGCCUUCAGCCAUAUCUCAGAUUGAUUUCAACAGCUACACUCAGCGUAUUGUGAGUUACCUUGCUAGGAACUUCUACAAUCUCAAGUAUGUCGCCUUGGUUUUGGCCUUCUGUAUCAACUUCAUCUUGCUCUUCUACAAGGUAACGACGUUGGGAGAGGAUGAUGACGGAGCCGCAGAGCCAGGGUCUGUAGAGGAGUUGAUGGAAGAGCUGAUCCAAGGUAGUGGCAGUGGAGCUGGUGCUGAGGACGACGGCGGGGAUGGCUUAGGCAGUGGUGAAGAAGGAGGUGAUGAAGAAGACCCCAUAGAACUUGUGCAUGUAGAUGAAGACUUCUACUACAUGGCACAUGUGAUGAGGUUGAUGGCAUGCCUUCACUCUUUGGUGUCUCUGGCCAUGUUGAUUGCUUACUACCAUCUCAAGGUUCCGCUGGCUAUUUUCAAACGUGAGAAGGAGAUUGCAAGACGGCUGGAAUUUGAUGGCUUGUACGUCGUGGAACAACCAGAAGAUGAUGAUAUCAAGGCUCAUUGGGACAAACUGGUCAUAUCUGCCAAAUCAUUUCCGGUCAACUACUGGGACAAAUUUGUUAAGAAGAAGGUGCGGCAAAAGUACAGUGAAUCUUAUGACUUUGACUCAAUCAGUAACUUGCUUGGAAUGGAGAAGACAUCAUUCAGCAUGGAAACUGAAGAGAGCACUGGCCUUAUUAGCUUUAUCCUCAACAUAGACUGGAGAUACCAAGUAUGGAAAGCAGGAGUUACCAUCACAGAUAAUGCCUUCCUCUACAGCUUGUGGUAUUUUGUGUUCUCUGUCUUCGGGAACUUCAAUAACUUCUUCUUUGCUGCCCAUUUGCUUGAUGUUGCCGUUGGUUUCAAAACUCUGCGUACGAUCUUGCAGUCUGUAACUCACAACGGAAAACAGUUGGUGUUGACAGUAAUGCUACUUACCAUCAUUGUAUACAUAUACACCGUCAUUGCCUUCAACUUCUUCCGCAAAUUCUACAUCCAAGAAGAAGACGAAUCAGUGGAUAAAAAAUGUCAUGAUAUGUUAACGUGUUUUGUGUUCCACUUGUACAAGGGUGUGAGAGCUGGAGGUGGUAUUGGUGACGAGAUCGAACCUCCAGACGGAGACGACUAUGAAGUUUACCGCAUCAUGUUCGACAUCACCUUCUUCUUCUUUGUCAUUGUCAUUCUGCUAGCUAUCAUUCAGGGUUUGAUCAUUGACGCCUUUGGAGAGUUGAGAGACCAGCUUGAGAGUGUCAAGGAAGACAUGGAGUCCAACUGUUUCAUCUGUGGCAUCGGGAAGGACUACUUUGACAAAGUUCCUCACGGGUUUGACACUCACGUGCAACAGGAGCACAAUCUGGCUAACUACAUGUUCUUCCUUAUGCACUUGAUCAAUAAGCCAGACACUGAAUACACUGGUCAAGAGACUUAUGUAUGGAACAUGUAUCAACAACGUUGCUGGGACUUCUUCCCGGUCGGAGACUGCUUCCGCAAACAGUAUGAGGACGAGCUGGGUGGCGGCUAAGCAUUUCUUCUUCUCUUCACCCUCUGUCGGUCCUACUCUCGCUGAGCCCUUGUAAAAAGCCUACCUUCUAUUUGUAAAUUGAACGAAUUUAUAUUAAACUGUUUUCUAAA